GGCGCGACGGGAGAGAUGCCGAGCAAGAAGAAGAAGUACAACGCGCGCUUCCCCCCGGCUCGGAUCAAGAAGAUCAUGCAGACGGAUGAAGAAAUUGGCAAAGUGGCCGCUGCAGUCCCAGUGAUCAUUUCGCGGGCGCUAGAACUGUUCCUGGAGUCGCUGUUGAAGACCGCCUGUCACGUCACCCAGUCCAGGAACGCCAAAACGAUGACAACAUCUCACCUGAAACAAUGCAUAGAACAGGAGCAGCAGUUUGACUUCCUGAAGGAUCUCGUGGCUUCCGUCCCCGACAUGCAAGGCGACGCCGAGGACAACCACCUGGAAGGGGAGAAGGUUUCCCGCAGGGGCCGGAAACCUGGCAGUGGACGAAGGAACGGCGGCACAGCGGGCAAAGGGAAGGAUGCCAAGCAAUCCGGAACAGACUCUGAGCAGGACGACGAUUCGGAAGACAGCGAAAGCAAUGGAGAAGAGGAAGCUAUGCAGACGAUCCCCUCUACACAACCGGCUACACAUCUCUCUUCAGGCCCUGCACCCUAUCUACAUUUUACACCCCCUCCCGUAUCCGCUGUCCCCUUGCCCGUACCGGCUCCAACAGGAACAGUCCCAAUUGCACUUCCGCCCGCAUCCCUGGCGCCGGUCCAGGCAGGUGAAGAGGAAGACUAUGACUCUUAACACCCAGUUCCGUUUUCACUGCUGCCAUUCGGGG